GCAUUUUUCUAUUUUUAAUUUUAGUCUUCAUCAACUGAUAAACCAACAAUUGAUGAUCAAAGUUUCCAAUGCCGUAAAAACCGGAUCAUUUUUAGCGGUAAACCGCGGUUUACCAGCUAGGAGCCGGUAAAUCGAACAAAACCGGCGGUUUAACGCGGUAAACCGGAAAAAAGUAGCGAUAAACCGAAAAAAACCGUGGUUAACUGGAAAAAACCACCGGUUUUUCGCUGUAUGGAAGCCGAUAACCGGAUCGGUAAAACCGCGGUAAACCGUCGGUUUUCUUCUGGUUUUCACUGCAUGGGUUAGUAUGGAAAGCUUCAAGAGAAUUUAUUAAUAGUCUAGUUAAACAGGUGAAUCAAUCAAACUUACCAACAAUUAUUCCUCAACUAGUUCAAAAUAAUAUGGUUCAUGCUCGUGGCAUACUUGCUUGUGCUAUUAUUCAAGCACAAGAUGAAUCACCAGAUAAUACUAAAGUUUAUGCUGCAUUAAUAAGUAUUAUAAAUCCAAAAUUUCCACAAAUAAGUCAAUUAAUCUGUAAACGUGUAAUAUCAUUAUAUCGUGAAUCAUUUAUGGCUGAUAAAAGAAAGAAAACGUUUAUAAUGAUUAAAUUUCUUACACAUUUGAUUAAUGAAAGGAUGUUACAUGAAAAAAUUGCAUUUCAAAUAAUUGCUGUAUUACUUCACAAUGUUUCAAGUGAUAGCGUUAAAUUAGCUAUUGAGUUUUUAAAUCAAUGUGGUCAAAAAUUAUCACAAGUUAAUCCACAAGAAUUAGAUUCUCAUUUUUCAACAUUAAAUAAUUUACUUCAUGGACCAUUAAUAACGGAACGUACAAAAGAUAUGAUUAGAGUUUUAUUCACUGUACGACGAAAUCAAUUUGAAGAAUAUCCAGCUAUUAAAUCUGGUUUGAAUUCAGUUAAUGAAAAUGAUAAAUAUACACAUAUGCUAGAAUAUCUCGAUUUAUGUGAUCCUGAAACCAUGCUUG